AUGGAAACCGCCAACAACAGCGAUUAUACCAAGAACGAGGCCUCGGUCACCGGCAAUCCGGUUGACAAGAGCUCCGGAGAUAUUCAGAAUGUUGAUGGUGUUGUGGUCGACCAGGGCUUGCAUCGGGCGCUGAAACAGCGUCAUUUGCAGAUGAUUGCCUUGGGUGGUGUUGUUGGAGCAAGCAUCUGGUAUGGAACUGGAACUGCACUCUCAUACUCAGGGCCGAUCGGUGCACUGAUUUCCUUUGCGGUGAUUGGCCUUGAUGUAUUCUUCGUGAUGCAAAGUCUGGGAGAGUUGUCGACGAUGUAUCCAACCCCUGGUGCAUUCACCGAAUUGGCCGGACGAUUCAUCGACCCGGCCGUGUCGGUUGCCCUUGGAUGGAAUUACUGGUACAUGUGGGUGGCCAACCUCAUGUCCGAGUACAAUAUGAUCUCCAUCGUACUGACAUAUUGGACCGAUAAGGUCCCGUCGUACGGCUGGAUCUUGAUCUUCUGGGCGAUUUAUCAAUGUGUCUCCUUCUUCGGUGUCAUCGUAUACGGAGAGGUGGAAUUCUGGCUGGCGGUCUGGAAGGUCAUCUGCGUGCUUGUCGGAUAUCUUCUCGCAAUUCUUGUCAACACAGGUGCAAUCGGCGGAGACUACGUUGGCUUCCGCUUUUGGCGUGAUCCCGGCCCCUUUGCAAAUGGUAUUAAUGGCUUUGGCCAGUCCUUUGUCCUGGCUGCAGUGUACUUUUCCGGAACCGAAAUGAUUGCCAUCACUGCGGGAGAGAGCCGUAAUCCAAAACGAGAUGUGCCAAAGGCUAUCCAACAAACCAUCUACCGCAUUGUGCUCAUCUUCAUGGGCAUGAUCUUCUUCGCCGGUAUCCUCGUACCUUCGGACGACCCCAACCUCUUAACCGCGGGAUCCAAGGCCGGCAAAUCCCCAUGGAGUAUUGCCUUGCAAAAUGCCGGCUGGAAAAAUGCUCCAGAUUUAAUCAACGUAUUCAUCUUGACAGCUUCGUUCUCUGCUAUGAACUCUGCCAUCUACAUUGCGUCUAGAGUUCUGCACUCAUUAGCAGGAAUGGGUCGAGCCCCUGCAAUAUUGGGAAAAACCACGUCGAAAGGCGUCCCUAUCUAUGCUGCUAUAUUGUCGAAUUUGAUGGGACUCAUUGCGCUCAUCAAUGUUGCAACUGGCGCUGGAACAGCAUUCACUUAUAUUCUCGAUAUUGCAGGCGCCGCUGCCUUCAUUGCAUGGGCAUGCAUUGGAGUUACGCAUCUUCGUUUCCGCCGCGCAUGGAAGCUUCAGGGUCACAGCCCGGAUGAACUCCCGUUCCGCGCAUUCCUUUUCCCCUACGGCGCCUAUUUCAUAACGAUUCUCAAUAUCUUCCUGCUUCUGAUCCAAGGUUACGGAACGUUCUUGACGCCUUGGCAGCCGGUUGCUUUUGUAUUCUCGUACAUUAUUGUUGUGCUUUUCGUCGGGCUUUUUGUCAUUUGGAAGGUUCUUAAGAGAACAAAGUUCGUCAAUCUGGCAGAGGUGGAUCUGCAAUCAGACCGGAAAGAGGCACUUGGAGGCAUGGACGACAUGGAAGAGCGAAGGGGCAUUCUAGCUAAGACGAAGAGCUUUGUGAAGUCUAAAUUAAGUCGUUAG